UCUUCAUCAGUUCAUUGGCUGACUUUCUUUGGACAAUUGAACAACAUUUUACAAAAUUCACUUUGAGCCGAAGGCUUUUUAAACAACGCUAAAUUGAAAUCAUCGUACAUUCAAUUGCAACCGAUUUAAACAGCUCACAAAAUGUCCACCAAGAAGAAUCUGCUGCUGCUGUUCGACCGACCCACUGAACCGGUGUUCAUGGAAAAAGGCAACAAAACCGUAUUCGAUGUACCUGACAAGUUCUUAACAGAUCGCUAUCGCCCCAUUGGCAAUGAAAUUCAAAGUCGUUUCGGUGAAAACGCUGAGCAGCGAGUGCCAGUUAGGGACAUUAGUCUGCCCGAUUUACGCAUUCCCAUGUCCUUGGGACGCGAUGAACAAUUUUCACUCUUCAUACCAAGUCAUCGUCGCAUCGCCGGUCGUUUGAUUGAUAUCUUCAUGGGAAUGCGUACCGUAGAUGAUUUGAUGAGCGUUGCCGUAUAUGCUCGUGACCGUGUCAAUCCGUAUCUCUUCAAUUAUGCAUUGUCUGUGGCUUUGUUGCAUCGUCCAGAUACCAAAGGUGUGGAUUUGCCUUCCUUUGCCCAGAGUUUCCCCGACAAAUUCAUUGACUCUCAAGUCUUUCGUCAGAUGAGGGAGGAAGCCACCGUCGUGCCGGAGGGUUCUCGAAUGCCCAUUGUGGUGCCCAGAGACUAUACUGCUUCUGAUUUAGAUCCCGAACAUCGUCUGUGGUAUUUCCGCGAAGACAUGGGCAUUAAUCUACAUCACUGGCAUUGGCACUUGGUGUAUCCUUUCGAAGCUGGCGAUCGCCGUGUCGUUGACAAGGAUCGUCGUGGAGAAUUGUUCUACUACAUGCACGAACAAGUUGUGGCUCGCUACAACAUGGAACGUUUCAGCAACAAGUUGGCUCGUGUGACACGUUUCAAUAACUUCCGUGAACCCAUUGCUGAGGGUUAUUUCCCCAAAAUGGACUCGCUGGUUUCAAGUCGUGCCUGGCCUCCUCGAUUCGAUAACACAUCGUUGAAGGACUUGAAUCGUGAGUUGGAUCAAAUCAACUUGGACAUUUCCGAUUUGGAGAGAUGGCGUGAUCGUAUUUUCGAAGCCAUUCACCAGGGGUUCGUUGUUGACAGCAGCGGCAAUCGUAUUCCGUUGGAUGAGAAUCGUGGCAUUGAUAUUUUGGGUAAUAUGUUGGAGGCAUCCAUAAUCUCUCCCAAUCAACAAGUUUAUGGUGAUUUGCAUAAUUUGGGCCAUGUCUUCAUCUCAUAUUCUCAUGAUCCUGACCAUCGCCACUUGGAGUCGUUUGGCGUUAUGGGUGAUUCGGCUACGGCUAUGCGUGAUCCUGUAUUCUACCGUUGGCAUGCCUACAUCGAUGAUAUCUUCCAGGAGCAUAAGACACGCCUGCCACCCUACACGCUGCCCCAGUUACAAUACAAUGGCAUUUCCAUUGCCGGUGUUCAAGUGAGCUCAGAUGGAGGUCGGCCAAAUGUCUUGUCCACCUUCUGGCAACAAUCGGAUGUUGAUCUAUCUCGAGGUAUGGACUUUGUACCGCGUGGCAAUGUCUUUGCUCGUUUCACGCACUUGCAGCACACUCCCUUCACCUACACAAUAAAUGUGAAUAAUGCCAGUGGGGCACAACGCUUUGGCACAGUGCGCAUUUUCUUGGGCCCCAAGACCGAUGAACGUGGCCAGCCGUGGUUGUUGAGAGAUCAGCGUCUGAUGAUGGUUGAAUUGGAUAAAUUCAUUGUGCAAUUGAAUCCUGGCCAAAACACCAUUCGACGUCGCUCUACCGAAUCUAGUGUCACCAUUCCAUUUGAGCGUGUCUUCCGCAAUUUGGAUGCUAAUCGCCCUGCCGCCGGUACAGCCGAAGAAUUGGAAUUCAACUUCUGUGGUUGUGGUUGGCCCGAACAUAUGUUGAUUCCCAAAGGUUUGCCAGAGGGUAUGCCUUGCGAACUGUUCGUUAUGGUCUCGAACUAUGAAGAUGAUCGUGUUGAUCAAGAUCUGGUGGGUUCCUGCAGUGAUGCCGCUUCCUAUUGUGGCGUGCGUGAUCGCCGCUACCCCGAUCGUCGUGCCAUGGGUUAUCCAUUCGAUCGCUUGCCACGCCAAGGUGCCGAUCGUUUGGUCAAUUUCUUGACACCCAACAUGAGUCUCGUCGAUGUGGUCAUCCGUCAUGAUCCGAACAAGACUGUUGUGAGACAACAGUAGAUUUUUGGUAUUUGAAACAAUGAUUUUCUUUUCAGUUCUGCUAUUUGCUUUCACUGACACAUAUACAUAUUUUGACGUUAAUAUAAAUAAUGUAUAUACAUAAAUAAAUUUAUCAUGGAAAUUAA